CAAUGGUCGACUUCAGCCAUGGUUACGGUUUUGACUAUGGCGGCGCCGCGACGCCUCCGUUCGCGAAUGACGAAGGUAUGUCCCGCUUGAACCAACUUCAUCGGAGUGUACAUAUAUUGCACAGUGACCCAAAUUCCCAACCAUCCAAGUCGCAUCAGCACCAUAACUCAGUAAAAACCUUCCCACAUUGCCUUGCUUGAACACUCCCUUGAGCAUUUUUCAACCCAAGGCCAUCAGAGAGGAGACACGCUCUUAACCUUAGCCCCUCUUCACGAUCACGAUCGCGUUCCCAUCCAACUUUUGCCUAUCCCAAUUUGUACGCUAUACACCUUAGAGCUACGUUAUCCCCAUCAUUAUCCCUGGUUCCCAACCGCACGCCACGGCCCGCCGCGGUACCUUUACCCCUCCGUAACGGACGACCUUAUUCUCUACCGCUACAAAGCCCAACUCUAGCAGCGCGACGGAAUCUGCGACACACCAACACAUACAACACACCAAACACUAUAGAGCCCAUUGCCAGACAGCCCAACGGAUACAACAACGUCGUACAUCCUCGAAUCCUUGCUCUUCCUCAAGAGCCCGAACGCCACUGUCUUACUACUGUCCUGUACUCGAGACACCGACCGAACGCCGAUUGUCAAAAGAGUGCUGUUCGAGUACUAGGACACGAGCAAGUGAAGAGAAGUACACAAAGCUAACCGCGGGAAUCCAUCCAAUUUCUGGGAAGCAGAGGGCCUUGAGGAUCGGUCGGACGUUCCCAGUAGUGCUAGUAAGAAUACUCGAACCAAAGCUACUAGAAGGAAUCCGAAGCGGGUUCCAGGCGCAAACAAGAUGAUCGUCGAGCGCAAGAUCAAGGUUGUCACAGAACAACACAAUAUCAACAAGCCGGCGGCACAGGAGGGCUACCCCAUGAAGGAGUGGACGGUCGAGCUCUAUAUUCUCGACCAAGAUGGCAAGGAGAGGCCCGCCAGGUGCUUCACGAAGGUGACCUACAACCUUCACCCUUCGUUCGCGAACCCUAUCCAGACUUUCAACGAUCCUCCCUUCAAAUGCACCAACGAGGGCUGGGGUGAAUUUGAGAUGAUCAUCGAUAUGUACACCACCGAGAAAGGCGGCAAGAUCUCGAUCGCGCACGACCUGAACUUCCAGCAAUCAGAGUACGAAAACAUCCAUACCGUCACCUUCCGUAACCCAUCUCAGGCGCUCCAGCAGCUCCUGAGAGAGACGGGUCCCUUGCCCUCGGACGAGGAGCGCAAGCAGAAGAAGGCGGUGGACGGCGGUUCCAAGAAGAAGCGGCCCUACGACAUCGAGCGUAUGGCGGAUGGCUUGACGAAGCUGGGCGAGGAUGACCUCCUGCAGGUCAUUCAGAUGAUCCACGAUCACAAGGAUGACAAUACGUACAUCCAGAACAACCUCGAUGCGGGCGAGUUCUCGGUGGAUCUCUACACUCUUCCUGACAACCUCAUGAAGAUGCUCUGGGAGUUCUUGGUCAAAGCCAACGUAGUCUCAUAGUACGACUUCCUUGGUCCAAGUAACCUACAGUAGUCGAUGGCCAUCGAUUUACGAAGUCAUCAGGGACGGGAACAUUCUUCCUUACUAGAUCGCAGUGCGCACCAUACCAUACCCAGUACACCACCACCCUCUUUAUUCACUAUUAUUGAUCCCUUGACACUUCCAUCCACAUCAACAUCAACCACCUUCACCAUCAUGCCAUUGUAGCCUUAGGCUUCUUCGGCUCCUGCAUUACCGUGGCGUUUAUGGAGUUAUGGUGGGAUACGCAAAAAGCAAAAAUUGAGAAAGAUUCAAGAGCUUCUCUUGACAAAAUUUGUGCUUGAUUUGAUCUUCCAGAUUUCUUUCUUUGCGUGAUAUUCGAUGGUCUAGGGUGUGUUCCGUUGAACCGUUUCCUUUCUGCCGGUGGGAUCGUUGCCUUGAUUGGUGGUGUCUGCUCGUGAGGACUGCUCUUCACUGGAAGGGAGUGGCAUCGCUAAUCAGUUUGUGCUUUGGGCGGACCUUGAACCUUAUCAUGUGCAAGGUUUGCCCCUCUAGGUAGGAUCGUCAUAGGGAAAUUUGAGACUGUUUAUUGGAAAGAAAGGUUCGGGAAAGGAUGGGUAAGAGGUAGAAAGGAGGUAUGUAAUAGAUCCCACGCCCAUGGAAUUCGGAAGGGAAAGAGAAGCGGUUAUGUUGUAGGCGGUACCUAGUUCUCGAUCACGGUCUCUCUACGUUGCUCGUCGUAUGGCGGUAUUAGAAGCAGAGAACAUGCUGUAUGGUUUAGUUUACACAGUUCAGGGUAUGGAGCAGCAGUAACUGUCCGUUCGCCUUAGUCUCCGUGUCUCCUGUGCCUGGACUAGAGCGCUAUAGAUCUGCCAGCACCCUGCCAGAUAGCCAUCUUUUUCAGGCAUGAGCUCUUGGCUUAUAUCCGGAGCUACUGCGGUAGGCGAUAUUAUCGGCGGCGGUUAUAUAAUGCAAGUUUUUGUAUGCGUAGAUGAUGGCUAGGUACAUAUGUCGUCUGUAGACAGAAAAUGCUUCUAGAAU